AAACACACUCGCAUAAUCGCAUCGUCACAACUUUCUCUCUCUGUUUCACAGUGCGUGUGUCUAAUUCAUUGUGGAAAUGGGUUCACUACCCAAUUUAGAAACCCCUCCUCUGAGCUCUAGAAUCUCAACAGUGGUUCCAGCAACCCCUCGAGGCGAGCAAAACGGUGCGUAUCAACUCAACUACAUGGACUUACUCAUGAAGCUCCACUAUAUUCGACCCGUUUAUUUUUUCAACUCCGAAGCCGUAAGAGGCCUCGCAAUUUCCGACAUGAAGAAACCCAUGUUCCUACUCCUCGACCCGUAUUCACACGUUUCGGGUCGGAUCAGGAGAUCCGAAUCGGGACGCCCGUUCAUAAAGUGCAACGACGCUGGCGUUCGCAUCGCCGAGUCACACUGUGACAAAACCCUCCAAGAAUGGUUCGAUGAAAAUGGGUACUGUGUUGAUGGACUCGUUCAUGAUCAUGUGCUUGGUCCUGAUCUUGGCUUUUCUCCUCUUGUUUUUGUCAAGUUCACCUGGUUUAAGUGUGGAGGACUAUCUCUGGGAUUGAGCUGGGCUCAUGUCCUUGGAGAUGCAUUUUCAGCUUUCAACUUCAUCAACAAGUGGAGUGAAGUACUAGCUGGUCAAGCGCCUCCAAAAUCUCUGCACAUGCCAAAACUCUCUGAACCUCAACUAAUACCUCAUUCCAUUUCUCAUAAGCCUCCCAUUUCCAUUAAAAGGGUCACAAUUGUUGGGGAAUAUUGGCUUGCUACUAAUGAUAGCGAUGUGGCUACUCACUCUUUUCACCUCACUUCUAAACAACUGCACCAAUUGGUAACUACCACAUCUAAUCAAACCAUUGACACUAGCGAUAAAAUCAAUACCUCUUAUUUUGAAAUUAUUUCAGCACUGGUAUGGAAAUGUAUAUCAAACAUAAGGGAAGAACCAAAAGUCGUGACAAUAUGCACAAUUAGCUCUAAUCGUGCUGGAAAUGAAAUCCCCACCAAUGGCUUGAUGUUAAGCAAAGUUGAAGCAAAUUGCUCACUCCAAAAAUGUGAUGUAUCCAAAUUAGCAAAGUUGAUUGCUGAAGAAAAGAUGGUUGAAAACCAUAUAAUGGAAAAGUUGGUGGAGGAAGAUGAUGGGAAAGAGGAUUUUAUAAUGUAUGGAGCAAAUUUGACAUUUGUGGAUUUGGAAGAAGCUAACAUUUAUGGGCCAAAGUUGAAUGGUCAGAAACCAAUUAUGUCAAACUGUACAUUCCGUGGGGUGGGUGAUAAAGGGGUCGUUUUGGUGCUCCCAGCACCGGAAGAUAAUGAAGGUGACAAAGAUGGAAGGAUCGUUACUAUUUCUUUGCCUGAGAAAGAACUAGACCAACUGAAAGAUAAAUUAGGAGGAGAAUGGGGUAUUCAUUAGUCACGUCCAUGUUUUAUAUUUUUCAAAGCAAAACUAGCUCAAGUUGUGUGUAUUAUUUUUCAUCUAUUUUAAUUGCUGUAUCUGUUUAAUUAGUAUGCGAGAAAUAAAAUAUUGGUCUGAUAAUCACUGUCUG